AUGCCUCAUCUCGUAAAGUCAACAAACGUAGGGAAAAACGUGAAGGAAAACAUGUCAAAAGCGGUAACCAAUCGCAGUCAUGUGAACUUCAUAUUUAAAAGCAUUUAUUUACGUAAAGAAAAGCCACAAAAUGAAAUCAAAAGUCUUAUUGCUUUUAACACCUCUGCCGCUAAAGUUUUUCCUCGAGAGCAUCACAUGAAAGAUCGAUUUGCUUUAAAGAGCGUGCAUCGAACAAUUUCGCAGCAUGAGAUUUAA